UUCUGUUUUAUUUUUUGGGUUGCAUGUGUAUCUUAAUAUCAUAGUUAGAAUGAUGGCAAAUCUGUAGAGCAAAUUGGGGGGAGCUGCCUUUUUUUUUAGUGUUGUGCCUGGUGCCAAAUAGAUAUGGAAGCAGGUAGAUUGUUUGAGGGGCCCAAGUGGGUUACCAAAAGAAUUUAGAGGAGGUUAGUGUGCUGUGAGAAGUAAGAUAAUAUACAAAAGAAGAUUGAAAGUAUAGGUUUGGCUAUUAGGCUGUGAGUUAAUAAUGGCUUUCCUUCGUUAAGCUCUCACUUUGUGCCAGGCACUGAUGUGAGCAAUUUACAAGUUAGCUUGUUCAUCCUCAUGACAGUCCUCUGGAAUAGAUACUACUGUUACCUUAGUUCUACCCAUGAGGAAACUGAGGUUCAGGGAGGUUAGGUAACCUGCCCAAACUUCCUAUCUAGUAAGUGACCUAACAGGGAUUUAAUCCAUACUAGCUCCAGAACCUGUUUGUGUUCUAUUUGAGCGCAUAAAAGAAAAAGUCUAGAAGAGAGGACUUGGUAAUUUUCCAAAUACAUGUAGCUCUUUAGUGAAUUAACUCACCUCAGUCAGUUAUAAAGUAUUUUAACUUUUUCAAUUUUAUGUUUACAGGUUGGAAUGUUAAAUUUGUUUGGGUCUUCUAAAUCUACAUACAUAUUAGUUUUAUGAGAACCUGAGAGGGACCUGUAUUGUGACCACAUUUUGUUGAAUUUUGGGACAUUGUUGCCUCCUUUCCAUGUAACCUCAGGAAUGUUCUAGGUUCUUAUUAGGAGACAUGUUGCUAUGUUAGGUAAUUUGGGAAAUUGAAUUCUUCCCAUUUAUUGGCACUCCCUAAAGUUACUUACGUAUACUUAGGCCAGCCCUCACUCUUGAAGCCCAAGUUCAUGAACUGCAGAGAGUUAUUAAACCUACGCUCAGACCAAGUUAGCAGCUAGACUGGUGUGACAACCUGUUUUAAAUCAGUGACUCAAAGCUGUGAUCACCCUGAUGUCACCGAAUGGCCACAGCUUGUAAAAGAUCACCAGGAGAACCUCAGUCUGACGACAUUGAAGCUAGCCGAAUGAAGCGAGCAGCUGCAAAGCAUCUAAUAGAACGCUACUACCACCAGUUAACUGAGGGCUGUGGAAAUGAGGCCUGCACGAAUGAGUUUUGUGCUUCCUGUCCAAGUUUUCUUCGUAUGGAUAACAAUGCAGCAGCUAUUAAAGCCCUCGAGCUUUAUAAGAUUAAUGCAAAACUCUGUGAUCCUCAUCCCUCCAAGAAAGGAGCAAGCUCAGCUUACCUUGAAAACUCAAAAGGUGCCUCUAACAACUGCUCUGAGAUAAAAAUGAACAAGAAGGAUGGACCUAGAGAUGAUUUUAAAGAUGUGACCUACCUAACAGAAGAGAAGGUGUAUGAAAUUCUUGAAUUAUGUAGAGAAAGAGAGGAUUAUUCCCCUUUAAUCCGCGUUAUUGGACGAGUUUUUUCUAGUGCUGAAGCAUUGGUACAGAGCUUUCGGAAAGUCAAGCAACAUACUAAGGAAGAAUUAAAAUCUCUUCAAGGAAAGGAUGAAGACAAGGAUGAAGAUGAAAAGGAAAAAGCUGCAUGUUCUGCUGCUGCUAUGGAAGAAGAUUCAGAAGCAUCUUCCUCAAGGAUAAGUGAUAGCCCACAAGGAGAUAACAACUUACAAAAACUAGGCCCUGAUGAUGUAUCUGUUGAUAUUGAGGCCAUUAGGAGGGUCUACACCAGGUUGCUCUCGAAUGAAAAAAUAGAAACUGCCUUUCUCAAUGCACUUGUAUAUUUGUCACCUAAUGUGGAAUGUGACUUGACGUAUCACAACGUAUACUCCCGAGAUCCUAAUUAUCUGAAUUUAUUCAUUAUUGUAAUGGAGAACAGAAAUCUCCACAGUCCUGAAUAUCUGGAAAUGGCUUUGCCAUUAUUUUGCAAAGCAAUGAGUAAGCUACCGCUUGCAGCCCAAGGAAAACUGGUUAGACUCUGGUCUAAGUAUAAUGCAGACCAAAUUCGGAGAAUGAUGGAAACAUUUCAGCAACUUAUUACUUACAAAGUCAUAAGCAAUGAAUUUAACAGUCGAAAUCUAGUGAAUGAUGAUGAUGCUAUUGUUGCUGCUUCAAAGUGCUUGAAAAUGGUUUACUAUGCAAAUGUAGUAGGAGGAGAAGUGGACACAAAUCAUAAUGAAGAAGAUGAUGAAGAACCCAUCCCCGAGUCUAGUGAAUUGACGCUUCAGGAGCUAUUGGGAGAGGAAAGAAGAAACAAGAAAGGUCCCCGAGUGGACCCAUUGGAAACUGAACUUGGUGUUAAAACUCUAGAUUGUCGAAAACCACUUAUCCCUUUUGAAGAGUUUAUUAAUGAACCACUGAAUGAUGUUCUAGAAAUGGAUAAAGAUUAUACUUUUUUCAAAGUGGAAACAGAGAACAAAUUCUCUUUUAUGACCUGUCCCUUUAUACUGAAUGCUGUCACAAAGAAUUUGGGAUUAUAUUAUGACAAUAGAAUUCGUAUGUACAGUGAACGAAGAAUCACUGUUCUCUACAGCUUAGUUCAAGGACAGCAGUUGAAUCCAUAUUUGAGACUCAAAGUCAGACGUGACCAUAUCAUAGAUGAUGCACUUGUCCGGCUAGAGAUGAUUGCUAUGGAAAAUCCUGCAGACUUGAAGAAACAGUUGUAUGUGGAAUUUGAAGGAGAACAAGGAGUUGAUGAAGGAGGUGUUUCCAAAGAAUUUUUUCAGUUGGUUGUGGAGGAAAUCUUCAAUCCAGACAUUGGUAUGUUCACAUAUGAUGAAGCUACAAAAUUAUUUUGGUUUAAUCCAUCUUCGUUUGAAACUGAGGGUCAGUUUACUCUGAUCGGCAUAGUACUGGGUCUGGCUAUUUACAAUAACUGUAUACUGGAUGUACAUUUUCCCAUGGUUGUCUACAGGAAGCUAAUGGGGAAAAAAGGAACUUUUCGUGACUUGGGAGACUCUCAUCCUGUUCUAUAUCAGAGUUUAAAAGAUUUAUUGGAAUAUGAAGGGAAUGUGGAAGAUGAUAUGAUGAUCACUUUCCAGAUAUCACAAACAGAUCUUUUUGGUAAUCCAAUGAUGUAUGAUCUAAAGGAAAAUGGUGAUAAAAUUCCAAUUACAAAUGAAAACAGGAAGGAAUUUGUCAAUCUCUAUUCUGACUACAUUCUUAAUAAGUCAGUGGAAAAACAGUUUAAGGCUUUUCGGAGAGGUUUUCAUAUGGUGACCAAUGAAUCUCCUUUGAAGUACCUAUUCAGACCAGAGGAAAUUGAACUUCUUAUAUGUGGAAGCCGGAAUCUAGAUUUCCAGGCUCUAGAAGAAACUACAGAAUAUGAUGGUGGCUAUACCAGGGACUCUGUUCUGAUUAGGGAGUUCUGGGAAAUCGUUCAUUCAUUUACAGAUGAGCAGAAAAGACUCUUCUUGCAGUUUACAACGGGCACAGACAGAGCACCUGUGGGUGGACUAGGAAAAUUAAAGAUGAUUAUAGCCAAAAAUGGCCCAGACACAGAAAGGUUACCUACAUCUCAUACUUGCUUUAAUGUCCUUUUACUUCCGGAAUAUUCAAGCAAAGAAAAACUUAAAGAGAGAUUGUUGAAGGCCAUCACUUAUGCCAAAGGAUUUGGCAUGCUGUAAAAAAAAAAAAAAAAAAGGAAAAAAAAAAUGCAAAAAGAA